UGGUGCUCCUCCUUCUUUUUCUCCCACUCUCCGCACCCUCGACGUGGUCGCUGCCGUUCCUUUUCUCAAUUCUCCCUUGUGAUCCCAAACUCUAUUUCUCGCCGACUUCGCGAUCAAACAAAGGCGUGCCGCAGACAAUAGCGUUAACGAAGGGCGCCGCCGCCGCGAUUCAUACUUUUACUCGCCACGUCGUCAGAGGAACACACACACCCCCGACUCGCCGCGGGCGUUGCCAGAGAAGCUGACGCCAUCCCACCCUCCAAAAGGCCAGCCGCUGCACUUGCUGGCACAUCUGGAAAAUAAUAAAGCAAAACUGGACCCCCUCCCCUGCGAAGCGCUUCCAACCAAGUGAGCAGCAUCGGGUGCUGCACUCUGUCCUCGCAACAACCAACCGCCGCCGCCUCACCCCGUCCCUCGCUCCGCCCGCUUCGACGAGGUCACUGAGAACGUUGGUCGCUUCAUCGGCAAGCGGACUGGCGGAUUACGCAGCCGGCUUUGCGUUGCUCACGUUCGCUUCUGGAUCACCAUGUGCCUGUGAGGCCAAGCACUUAAACCCCCCCGACCUUCGUUUUACCAGCGCCUCAGACUCGGCACGUCUGCGACACUGCGCCCGACCGAUUCUAAAGACCGGGCCAGCAGGCGACACGCACCUCUUUCUUCGACACUGCGCCCGGACCCUACAGCUGUCGAGCAAUGGACAAGAUGCUGCAACCACAACCCAGGCGCUCCCUACUGGGGCGGCCGAGGCCGAGAAUAAUCCUCCUCGUCGUCCUCGCCGCCGUCACAACAUGGUUUCUCCUCUUCAGCGGCCCAGCGCCGCAGCUGCAUAUUGUGCCCUACCUCCAUGACCAGACGGGCGCCAAGGGAGCCACAAACCCUGAAAAGCCCUUGAGCGACAACAUGAACGCAGAUUCCCACCACGACGAGCCCACGGGCACCAAGGCCGAGUGGGACAUUGACAUUGAGGACCUCCGCUCUUGGAACGACCCCGACGAUAAGGAGGAUCCCAACGAUACUCUUCCGGGCUUCGAGACGGACGGGACUUCCAGAUCCCCCGGCGACGUUGGUCGGCUGCAGCACGAGAAGGACCUGCGCAAGAUGUGGCGCUACGCUUACAAGACCACGGCCAACCUCAAGUCGUCAAACCUCAUUUACGGCAACACCAUGAAGACAUUGACCCUCAAAGACAACCGCACUGAGACGCAGUCGCGCAUGCUGCGAGAGGACCCCAAGUCCGAAGCUUCAUUCGCUGGCGAGAAGCCCGUGCGCUUCAACCCUUACCCCGACUACAACAGCGACGAAUGGAAGCAGCAGGGCCAUGCAGCUUACGUCCCAUGCAAGAGCGCAACUGGUGAGUUCGUUGAAGAUCUGUUGGUCUUCAAGGGCCGGCCCGAGAAGUGGCCUGCGCCCAAGUUCGGCAGCUACGAGCUUCUCGGCUUCGAUCCCAACAUUUGCUGGGAGCGCGACACGAGGCUAGGCCCAUACGGCUUAAUCGAGCAGCGCAAAAAGGUUGGCGGCGAGUACGAGGCCAUCAAGUGGGACAAUGUCAACUGGGGCGAUCUCCAGCAGCGAUGCCUCAAGCUGAACGCCGACCGCUUUGACAUGACCCGCGCCAAGAAGAACGCAUAUCUCGACGCGUACCCCGAGCUUGCGAAGCCUACGCCCUCGCCGACUCCUGAGGAGCAGAAGAAGGAUGACACCAAGGACAAGCAAGAGACGAAAGCAAAGCCCGACGUCCCCUAUAACGAGAAGCCGCCACCUAAGAUCAAGGGGCGCUCCCCCGCCAAACGCGAAGUCGUUAAGGAGUCGCGGACCGCCAUCCUGCUGCGCUCUUACACAGGCAUGGAAUACAGCGAGAACGACAAGCAAGUCAUCCGGGCCAUGAUUAGCGAGCUCAACCUCAAGACGGGCGGCCAAUACGAAGUGUUCCUGCUCGUCCAGUCCAAGGGCAAGGACGAUCGCAUCUUUGACGACGCCGAGGCGUACCAAAAGGUGCUGCGCGAGAACGUGCCGACCGAGUUCCACGGCAUCACCGUCCUCUGGAACGACGAGCAGGUCUGGAACAUCUAUACCGAGCUCAAGGACCCGAACGAGCGCACCGUGCACACGGCGCAGUGGCUGUCGGUACAAAAGUUCAGCCACGACCACCCGCAGUUUGACUUCAUCUGGAACUGGGAGAUGGACUUCCGCUACACCGGUCACCACUACGACCUGCUCAACAACCUCGAGAGCUUCGCUAAGAAGCAGCCGCGCAAGUACCUCUGGGAGCGAAACGAGCGCUGGUAUAUCCCCGAAUACCACGGAGACUACGACACGACCUUCCGCGACGAUGUCGCCAAGCGACACGGCGACGACACCGUCUGGGGACCCCCAGACCUGCCCUUCAUCAAGGCCGUGGGCCCCAAGCCGCCUGUCCAGUCGUACAAGGACGACAACUACGAGUGGGGCGUCGGCGAGGAGGCUGAUUUCAUCACCGUCGGCCCCAUGUUCGACCCCAUCGACAGCCAGUGGAUUAUCGCCAACCACAUCUGGGGCUACAAGGACGAGAACCACAACUCGACCGAUCUGCCGCGGCGCACCACCAUCGUCACGCAGUCGCGCAUCUCGAAGCGGCUCCUAGACAUCAUGCACGUGGAGAACAUGCGAGGCAAUCAUGUUGCGUCCGAAAUGACGCCGCAGACCGUCGCUCUCCUCCACGGCUUCAAGGCGGUCUUCGCUCCUCACCCCGUCUUCAUGGACCGAGACUGGCGCGGCGAGUUCCUCAACAAGUGGUUCAACCCAGGCCCCAACGGCGAGUGUGGCGGCCGAGGCAGCCCAAUGGGCUGGGGCCGCGAGCGCCGGUACCAAGGCACCACGUGGUACUACCGUGCGGAGCCUCCGAAUCGCCUGUACAACAACUGGAUGGGCUGGAUCGAUACCGGCGUCGGCGGCUCCAGGUGGGAAGAGCAGCACGGGCGGCCUUGCCUGCCGUCAGCCAUGCUGCACCAGGUCAAGAACACGGAGCCUACUGAAGCUGACCACAAGUCAGGCUUCAGCUUGGCUUACGGCUAAACUGGGCUGUCUCGCUGGUCGGACGCUCGACUGUGCCACUUGGCCUCUUUCCGCAUGUGUUGCGUUCUCUUUCUUUCCUUUUUUUUUUUUUUUCAAACGUUACGAACUAUACCGUCCGCAAAAGGAUACCCCUUUUUUCACCCCUUCACCGACAAUCCGAGGCCAACCAAUAGCCGGGAUCUGCCACACACGCCUGUCGACAGGCCGUUUUACCCAGGGGUUCGUUCAACUGUACUAUGAUUGCUGGAAGACUUGAUCGCGGCGCAUGUCAUCACGCAUGGAGGGGAUAUCCAGAGACGGAAAAAUGCACAGCCCGGCGUUAUCUUGUUAGGGUUCUUUGGUACUUCAUGGCAUGUGCGAUUCGUCGCUGGCCGCAUCGCCCGGAGGGGGAGUAGACGCAGCAAGGCAGCCUGCCCCACGGCGCUCGAGCACGGAGCUCGCGCUGAUUCCUUUUUUACAGUUUAUCUUGUCUGAUGUAUAGAGAAUGGCCCACGUGGCCCCACGAAUGCAUGUUGAAGAAAUAAUACCUAAAUGAAUCCACA